CUAGUUCCUUCCAGUAACAUAACACCAUUAUUUUCUUCUUGUUCUUGUUCUUGUGCAAAGCAGGGAGAAGAGUACAUUGAUUGAACCAACAAACCACAACGUUCCAAUGGCUUCUACUCUCUUCUUCACCAAUUGCCACCUUUCUCCUUUUUCUUCCACCGCCGCCGCCGCCCUCCGCCGCCACCCCAUCAGAGUGGCUCCCACCUCCCUCCGCUUCUUGGCCCUUCACUCUGCUCCUUCUCAGUCAUCCCGUGUUGCCGCCGUUGCUGCUAUGGGUACCGAGGCUUCUGCAAAGGUGAUUGAUGGAAAAUUAGUGGCAAAGCAAAUCAGAGAUGAGAUAACAGCUGAAGUCUCUAGGAUGAAAGAAGCCAUUGGUGUGGUUCCAGGGUUAGCUGUAAUCCUCGUUGGAGAUAGGAAGGACUCUGCAACUUAUGUGCGUAACAAGCAGAAGGCUUGUGAAGCUGCUGGAAUAAAUUCUUUGGAAGCAUUUUUGCCAGAAGAUUCCACUGAAGAAGAAGUUUUGAAUUAUAUUUCAGGCUACAAUGAAGAUCCUUCAGUUCAUGGCAUUCUUGUUCAAUUACCUUUACCUUCUCAUAUGAAUGAGCAGAACAUCUUGAAUGCUAUUACAAUUGAGAAGGAUGUAGAUGGUUUUCAUCCAUUGAAUAUCGGUCGUCUUGCAAUGCGUGAUAGAGAACCCCUGUUCGUUCCCUGUACACCAAAGGGAUGCAUAGAGUUACUCCGCAGAUAUGGUGUUUCUAUCAAGGGAACGAGGGCUGUCGUGAUUGGUCGGAGCAAUAUUGUAGGAAUGCCAGCCGCUCUCUUGCUGCAAAGGGAAGAUGCUACUGUCAGUGUCGUCCAUUCAAAAACCCUAAACCCUGAAGAGAUCAUAAGACAAGCAGAUAUUGUCAUCUCGGCUGCUGGGCAACCACACAUGGUUAGGGGAAGCUGGAUAAAACCUGGUGCUGUCAUUAUCGACGUUGGAAUCAACCCUGUAGAGGAUCCAAAUAGCACUCGAGGUUAUAGAUUGAUCGGAGAUGUUUGCUAUGAAGAAGCCAUAAAAGUUGCCUCGGCUGUGACACCAGUGCCUGGAGGAGUAGGUCCAAUGACCAUAGCAAUGCUUCUCCAAAAUACUCUUAACUCUGCAAAGAGGAUCCACAAGUUUGAAUAACCUGGUGCAAGAAUCUACAUCAUUAUGAGCCAUCAAGAUGAUAUAAAACAUCCUCUUCCAUAUACUUGUGUCUCGUGACGCAGAAAUUUUUCUUAACUCAUCAAUAUUUAGGCGUACUUAGAGAGUACUAAACUUGAAAUGUUAGGCUGUUAGCGUAGACUCUAGUCAGAUGCAAAUAAAGCUCACGGUAUUUUAUUAUAAGGUUUGGUUUGAUGAAAAAUUUAUAAAAAUAAAUGACUAUAACUGGUCUAGUUUCUUUC